CCAGGAAACAGGAAUCAUGUGAGUUCAGGGAAAUAGAAACUGAAGUGUAGUUGAGCUGUUGUGAGUUUGUCUCUCUGUAUUCUUGCAGUAAAAUGGCAGAAGCAAGAUUUUCUCAGGAUGAGUUCAUGUGUUCAGUUUGUCUGGAUCUGCUGAAGGAUCCAGUGACCAUCCAGUGUGGACACAGUUACUGUAAGAGCUGUAUUACAGACUGCUGGGAUCGGGAGGAUCAGAUGAGAGUCUACAGCUGUCCUCAGUGCAGACAGACCUUCAGUCCAAGACCUGAUUUAUCUAGAAACACCAUGCUGGCUGAAGUGGUGGAGAAACUGAAGAAGACCAAACGUCCUGCUGACUGUGAUGCUGAAGCUGGAGAUGUGCAGUGUGACGUCUGUACUGGAGGAAAAUACAGAGCCAUCAAAUCCUGUCUGAUGUGUCUGAACUCUUACUGUCAGAAUCACCUCGAACAACAUGAGAGUUUGUUUAAAGGAAAGAGACACAAUCUGACUGAAGCCACUGGACGACUGCAGGAGAUGAUCUGCCAGAAACAUGAGAAGAUCCUUGAGAUCUUCUGUCGCACUGAUCAGAAGUGUAUAUGUGUGCUGUGUAUAGAUGAACAUAAAAACCAUGAGACUGUUUCAGCUGCAGCACAGAGGACAGAGAAUCAGAAGCAGCUGAUGAAGAUGAGGAGACGGUUCCAGCAUAGAAUCCACAAGAGAAAGAAAGGUCUUCAGCAGCUGAGAGAGACUCAUAAAUCUCAUAAGCGCUCUGCACAGAGAGCAAUGAAGGACAGUGAGAGGAUCUUUACUGAGCUCAUCCGCUCCAUUAAGAGAAGCCGCUCUGAGGUGAAACAGCUGAUCAGAGAUCAGGAAAAGACUGCAGUGAGUCGAGCUGAAGGACGGCUGGAGCAGGAGAUCAAUGAUCUGAGGAGGAGAGACACUGAGCUGGAGCAGCUUUCACACACACAGGAUCACAUCCAGUUCCUGCAGAGUUUCCAGACCUUCUCAGCAUCUCAUGAAUCUACAGAAGGAAAUGAUGAUCCCUUCAUUUCACUCUUAUCUUCUGAUGAUCUGAGAGAAUCUGUACAUCAGCUGAGAGACAAACUGGAGGAUGUAUGCAAAGAGAAGAUCAAGAAGAUCUCAGACAGAGUCACAUUCAUCAAGACCAGGAACAACUUCCUACAAUAUUCCCGUCAGUUCACUCUGGAUCCGAACACAGUGAAUAAACUCCUCGGCCUGUCUGAGAACAACAGAGUGAUUUCUAACACUGAAACAGAUCAGUCGUAUCCUGAUCAUCCAGACAGAUUUGAUGUGUCUCAGGUGUUGUGUAGAGAGAGUGUGUGUGGACGCUGUUACUGGGAGAUUGAGUGGAGUGGAGAUUAUGGUGUGUUAAUAUCAGUGUCAUAUCAGAGCAUCAUCAGGAAGGGACGGAUUGAUGAGAGUCGGUUUGGACAAAAUGAUCACUCCUGGAGUUUGUUCUGCUCCCCCUACAGUUACUCAUUCAGACACAAUAACAUACAGACUGCUCUCCCUAUAAAGUCAAUCAGCAGUAGAACAGGAGUGUUUGUGGAUCACAGAGCAGGAACUCUGUCCUUCUACAGCGUCUCUGACACAAUGAGCCUCAUCCACACAGUCCAGACCACAUUCACCCAGCCGCUCUAUCCUGGGUUUUGGGUUAAUACUGGAUCAUCAGUAAAACUGUGUUGAUGAAUCAGAAUAGAUUGAUGAGAGAUUCUACCCAUAAUUCUUUUGAGGUGCAUGAUAAUUCAAUAAAAGUGAAAUGUUAUAGUCUCUAUUAAUACUGCAGCUAAACUUAUGUCACUGAAAUAACGUGUCAGAAUAAUGGUUAAUAAUUUAUUAUACUAUAGAUCAAUGGUUAAAAAGUGUAAAUUACUUGAAAUUUCAAGCUGUUGACAUUGGAUGUGUGUGUGAGUAGGAAUGAGUGUGUUUGUGUACUCGUUUAACUAUACUUGUGAGGGUCAAAUGUCCUCACUUUCACUAGUGAGGAUAUUUGACUGGUUAAAAAAUUGGAGUCAAAAAUUGGAGCCCAAUAAUGAUUUUAACUAAAAUCAGUAACUAGUAUAUUUUUUAAUAAACGCAACAAAGAGUAUGUGAUUUUUGCUUAUCAUUUACUUUUUAUUUAUGAAAGAAAAAACAGUCAAUGUCAGGGCACAUAUUUAUACUGGCUUUCAUAUUUUUGUAAGAUAGGAUCCUUCAUUGCUAGACCUGACAAUUAUUUUCAUAUAAUCAUAUAAUUAUUGAAAAGCAUAAAAUAUUAACAUUAAAAAAAUAUUUUAACUCUACAUCCUUGCCUAAUUUAAUAUAUGCGGAUCGAAGAAUAUGCAAAAUACCCCCCCCCCCCUGCACUCAGUUACACCAGCUAGUGCCUCCUGAUCCACUGAACUGUAGUAAAUGCGAAACAAUGACAUACAUGGAUUAUUACUUUUAAAACCACGUUUUUCCUAGCGGACAACUACAGUGAAUACUGUUACUUACUUGUAAAGUUACUUACUUGAUGAUGUUGUGUCAUAAAAUGCCUUGAAGACUCAAAUGCAGCCGUUUGAGAUUCCAAUUUGCAUACAUGUGUGAUGUGCAGACGCCAAUGCGGGAGAGGUGGGACUGACUCCAGGCUACUUUUACACUGUUGCCGCGGGUUAUAAUGUAAAUUAGAAGUUCUAAAUUCACAUUAAACCACGGCUUCAUGGGUUUCUUGGUCUGAUUUAUUUUGUGUUGAUUAAUGCUCUGUGCUGCUCUCUCGAACACAGAUUUGAGUUACCAUAAGCACUAGUUGUGAUGACUGACUUAAUAAACAGCACUAUUAAAGUGACAGUCUGUCCAGCAGGGGGCAGUGUUGAAUUAUGUUCAGUUUGAUAAAGCAAAAAUCUGACUUAUUCAGAACUUUAGAUGCAUUAAAUGUCAGCAACCUAACAAACAGACUUUUGUGUCUGAUAUGACACAAAAACAAGAGCACAAACACGUACACACACACUGGUUUCCUUUUGUUGCUGGGUCAUCUACUGUACUAACUGUAUUUUCUAUCCCCUUACCCUAACCC